GAUAUUGAAGAUAUCGAUCGAGCCGACUUUGAUAACCCGCAACUAGUUGCGGAAUAUAUAAAUGAAAUUUAUCAUCACAUGAGGCAGAAAAUAUCAGCCACUCUGUCAACUUUUAAUGAUCUUAAUUUUUCUAACUUACAGAUAACAUAUCGCAUUAAUGAUAAAUUUUUGGCUGGACAGCAAAUUAAUGAAAAAAUGAGAACUAUACUAAUUGAUUGGUUAAUUCAAGUUCACUUAAGAUUUCACCUCCUACAAGAGACUCUCUACUUGACCGUCAAUAUUAUUGACCGCUUUUUACAGGUAAGUUGA